UUGGAGCAUAUUCACAAUGGAGAGAAACCAUACCACUGCUCUCAGAGUGGUAAGAGUUUUGCUGCAUUUAAAAUCUUAAAAUCUAAUCAGAGAAUUCAUACAAGGGAGAAGACUUACACCUGCUUUGAUUGUGGGAAAUACUUUAGUCGAUCAGGAGACCUGACUGCACACCAACGCACACACACAGGAGUGAAGCCUUAUAGCUGUGAUCAAUGUGGGAAGAGCUUUGCUGUAUCCGGAAACCUGACUACACACCAAUGCAUACACACAGCACAUAAACCUUAUAGCUGUAAUCAGUGUAGGAAUAGCUUUAAUCAAUCAGGAGCCCUGACGACACACCAACGCAUACACACAGGAGAGAAGCCUUAUAGCUGUGAUCAGUGUGGGAAGAGCUUCCAUCAAUCAGGAGAGCUGACUGCACACCAACGUAUACACACAGCAGAGAAACCUUAUAGCUGUGAUAAGUGUGGGAAGAGCUUCAAUCAUUCAGGAUCCCUGACUAAACACCAACGCAUACACACAGGAGAGAAACCUUAUAGCUGUGAUCAGUGUGGGAAGAGUUUCAAUCAUUCAGGAUCCCUGACUAAACACCAACGCAUACACACAGGAGAGAAGCCUUAUAGCUGUGAUCAGUGUGGGAAGAGUUUUGCUCUAGAUUUCAAUCUGACAACACACCAGCGAAUACACACUGGAGAGAAACCUUACUCCUGUCUAUGUGGAAAGAGCUUUGCUCAUUCAGGGUCACUGAAAAACCACCAGAAAACACAAACAUGUCAUCUUUCAUCUCCCUCCUCUCCGACACCAGUUCCAGAUCCCUAAAUAAAGUUUCAAUAGAAAACAUAUUGUAAAGAGUCAUCCAUCUCCCAUUCUCUAACAGUUUACUAAGUCUGAUUACCAUGGUAACCUGUGUAGCAUAAUAUGCAUCUCUGGAUCCAUAUGUAUCAAGCGUCUUG